AUGCCAUGGCCAGCACAACAUCCACAGCAUGCCAUGGCCAGGACAACAUCAACAGAAUGCCAUGGUCAGCACAGCAUCCACAGAAUGUCAUGGCCAGCACAACAUCAACAGAAUGCCAUGGUCAGCACAGCAUCAACAGAAUGUCAUGGCCAGGACAACAUCCACAGAAUGCCAUGGCCAGCACAACAUCCACAGAAUGCCAUGGCCAGCACAACAUCCACAGCAUGCCAUGGCCAGCACAACAUCCACAGAAUGCCAAGGCCAGCACAGCUUCCACAGAAUGCCAUGACCAGCACAACAGCCACAGAAUGCCAUGGCCAGCACAACAUCCACAGAAUGCCAUGGCCAGCACAGCAUCCACAUAAUGCCAUGGUCAGCACAGCUUCCACAGAAUACCAUGGCCAGCACAACAGCCACAGAAUGCCAUGGCCAGCACAGCAUCCACAGAAUGCCAUGGCUAGCACAACAGCCACAGAAUGCCAUGGCCAGCACAGCAUCCACAGAAUACCAUGGCUAGCACAACAGCCACAGAAUGCCAUGGCCAGCAAUGAGCCCAGACCUUCCCGUAAUUGA